AUGGCAUUGCAUAGAAAUAUUAACGUGUUAUGGCUGACCGUUGUGGUCACAUACAUGAUACAGACAAGAUCAUUUGAAAAUAUUGUAGGUAGAGAACAAUUGGUCGACCAAGAUACACAACAAGUUCUGAAGCCUCAGAGUGUUCCAAGACAAGGUUUUACAGUACAUCUAGCCAUCUUGUACCUAUUAUCAUGGUAUCUGUUGAUUCCAUUCAGUAAGAUGAUUUGGUCUCAUAAUGAAACUGAAGAUGUUAUGAAUAACAAGAAUGAAGGUUUGGAUACAGAGGCCGAUGAGAAUGACGAUAAUGUCGAUCUUUCAGAACCAAUAGAAUUACCACAGCCUGUAUCGACAGAUAAAGGUCUCUCCUCAAAUAUAAGGUAUUUUGCUAAGAUUUUUAUUAUGGCCUUCUUUUUGUCCAUCACAGUAGUGACUUAUACUCUAGGUUUAGGUAUAUCUCCAUCAUUUGAUAUUACCUUAAUUCAGAACUGUGCGUUCUUCGAGAUUACUACUCUAUUAUAUGGUGUCUGUAGUGUCUCUAAAAAUAAAAACGUCUUUAGAAACUUUUUGAUUAUGAUGGUAGCUGUUACUAGUAUAUUGAUUGUUUCUUACACUAACGCUACAUGUAAUUUAUUAGCUGGUAAAAUGUCUGUCAAUAAAGAAACUAAAGAAGUUAACGAUCCGUGGUUGUUCGAUAGAUUAAAAGCUGGGUUGAUUACUGGGUUGGGAUCUUUAGCUAUUGGUCCAUUUGCUGUCUGGUGUAAUCAAUGGUUUGAGCAAUCACCAAGAAUUGAAAAAAUUAAAAUUAAUACUAAAACUCUAUUCUAUUUACCAACUUUUUCAAUUCUGUUACUAUUACCAUUCUUAAAUUUAGGUAACCUAGGUUUGAUUGUUGAGGAAUAUUUUGCACAACCUAAAUUUUGGUUAAAUUUAUUUGUUGGGAUAGUAUUUGGUGUAUUACCAAAUAUGGUUGCAAUUAUUAAGUUGAACGCUCAUUAUCCAAAUGAAUUUGUUACUACAUGUAAUCUAGGUGUGAUUAUAAUGACGGGCUUAUUCGAGUGGAUAUGUGAACCUGGUCAUACUGUCAUUGUUAGAUGGGAAGUCAUCUCUUACAUCUUUUUAACUUUAUGCACCAUUACCCUUUAUUUCAGUUUACGUGGAAAUAUGGCACAUUAG